UAUGUAAGAAUUGCCGCUUAAGCUACUACGAGCAGCAAUUCUCUGUUGACUACAACCAUAAGGAAGCAACUAGUUUCUUUGACAAGCAAGAGAAACUAACCGAAUAUCACUUCUGCUGUAAACCUGUAAUAACUCAAAAAGUACACCACCUACUGCAAACUAGUUAUUUUUUUUGUAAUCAUGAAGAAUUAAUAGCCUAUAUGGUAGUAACUGAAUUAGAACCUUAUCGAGCCUCUCAAGAUAACGAAUCAGCUAAUAGACCAACAUACUAUAAGAAUUAUAUGAACGCUCACCUGAUAGUAUCGCACGUAGAUGAUAUCUGGAAUGAUUCAGAAAAGCAUGAUAAUGAUAUCCUAACUAUAGAACUAUUUGUAAGAGGAUUUUAUCCAAAUGACCCUCUACCAGAACAUCAAAUAACUGAAGCAGAUAUAAUCCAAUCAGAAAACUUAGAUAUGAUUCAACCCAAAGAGUAUACUAAGGAAAACUUUCAGCAAGUAGCAGCAACAAAUAUGUACCCAAAAUUACUAGAAGCAAUCUGUAAAAGUUGCCUACUACUAGGAACCAGUAAAGAAAUUACUGAUAGAAUGUGUAAGAAUUGUGGUUACUGUCUUAACUGUAAGGACCCAAACCCUAAAGAAGACCUAACACAUAGAUAUUGUCUCAA